AUGGACGCUUUCCGGUCCUUGCUCUCAAAGCCGCGAGAGGGCGGGUCUUCGCGCUCCGGAGCUGUUCUGGGCCGCGCUCCACCAAAGCGCGGGUGGGGAACCAAACCCAAACCUGGGUCAAAGAAGGAGCCUGAGAAGGAUCGAGCCGCGGAGGAAAGUAGUGGCCCCACUUUCGCUCCCCGCUCUCAGGCGAGGAAGGUCCAAGAGCCAAGGUACAAGGACCGCGCAGCGAUCCGCCGGGCAGGAGGUGACGGCGAGUAUAAGGAGGUGGAGCACCUGCUCGAGGAAUUUGAAAGGCGCAAGGCCGAGGCAGGCGACGACGCCGACAAAGUCGAGGCACAGCGGGAGUAUCUCGGCGGUGACGCUGAGCAUUCUGUCCUCGUCAAGGGUCUGGACUAUGCGCUGCUCGCCCGCCGCAAGGCCGAGAUCGAGUCGGAGACGGCAGCAGGGAUGGAGGAUGAGCUCGAGCAGUUGGGACAGGGCAUCAAGGGCAAGGACAGCGACAAGGAGAAUGCCGUCGAGGUGAACAAGGAGAAGAAGAAGGGGAACAAGUUCAAGAGUAUUGGGAAGGAGGAAGCAGCGCCCGUGGAGAAGAGCAGGAAGAAGAGCAAGGCCGCUGCACGCGAGGUUGUCCGCGAGGACAAGGUCGGCCAGCCAGCGCCGCGCGCCCGGUCGCCUGUCAAGCCGCCUCCACCUCCUAAUCCAGAAGAUGAGGACGAUAUCUUUGCGGACGCCGGCGAGUACGACCUCAAAGCAGGUCGCGAGGACGAGGAAGACGACAGCGACGACGACGACUCGGAUGAGGAGGGGCAAAUGGACGUCGACGAACCUCGUGGCCGGUCACGCUCGCGUUCACGCUCUCGUCACGUUCUUGGUCCCGCGGAUAUCGCGAACGCUCUUACGGGGAUUACCCGGAACGUGCGAGAUAUGGUUACAGCGAGCGCGACCGAGGAGGCCACGACGACUACGAUUAUGACCGGCGGCGUGAGCGCAGCUGGGACCGCAAAGACCGCGACUACCGGGAUGACCGCAGCCGGCGGUACGACGAUGGAGGCCGAUACAGGCAAGACCGAGAUUACGACAGGCACGGUGGUCGGGGCGGAUUGGGUCGAGCACACGAGCGCAGGAACAGACCCGAGUCAACCUCGCGCUCGAGAUCGCCCCGGUAUCGGGAUCGGGGCGAUUGACGACGAGGGACCCGUGACGCGGCUGCAGCCUCUGGCAUCGUCGGCCAUUACGGACCUGCGCGGCUUCCUCGAUGCGGACGAGGCAGGUUCCAAGGCGGAUGCGAUGCGGGCCUCGAAAGCGCGUUGGCGCGCGGCACAGGGCCUUGCAGUCCAGGAGGGCGUUGAUAUGAGUGCUCUGCAGCGCAACGCGAGCGACAAGCAGAAAUCCAACCGCGAGUACCAGGUGCUCAUGAACCGCCUGAACAAGGACAAGGACAAGGAUGGUGGUCCGAGCAAGUAA